UCGAAGCCCAAUUCACAACCAGAGACAUCACCGCAGAACACACAAAAUACGCCUAUGUUGUUGGUUCACUUCAACCCGAAGUCGCUCAAGAAGUCCGCGACCUUCUCAUCAACCCUCUUACAGAAGAACCCUACACCAAACUGAAAACCGAACUUGUCAAACGCACCUCCGCGUCUCAGCAAACACGAUUAAACCAAUUGCUUCACGCCGAAGAGUUAGGAGAUCGAAAGCCAACGCAACUCUACCCACGUAUGCAACAGUUGCUCAGUGAUAUCCAACUCGAGCCCUCCAUAAUGAAACAGCUAGUUGUUCCCCCAACGUCUCCCAAGCAUUGCUCAAUUAAUUUUGGCCUCGACCGCAGACGAAAUGGACACAGCGAGUUUGGCCAAGAUGGCUGACAAGAUCGCAGAGGUCGCUCCCGUGCAUUCUAUUCUUUCCACCGUUGUUUCCCAAUCAGCACCACCACCCACAGCACAGACGCCUGAAAUGCGUGAAGUUCGAGACCUUGUUGCUCAGCUGGCCAUCACCAUCAACAACUUCAGCCUCCACACUUCACCGCAACAUGCUCGUACCGAAAGACGUCGCAGUCGGUCCCCUACCCGCCGUUCGUCCUCUCCAUACCACGAGCGUGAGCGCACCUCUACCGAGUCAGGCCCCCGCUCCAUCUUUUGUUGGUACCACUCCAAGUUCGGUGCCUCGGCUAAGAAGUGCUCGCCACCUUGUUCUUUUUCUCAGCAAACAUCAUCGAUCACCGUCAAACUAUCGCGCCAGACAAUAGACGCGUUUCUCACCAAAGCCGCCUGUUUUACAUUACGGACGUUUCAACAAAGCAACAAUUUCUCAUCGACACAGGCGCAUAAGUCAGCGUCCUUCUACCACGACCAUCAGACCGUACACAUCGCCAAGCUUAUGAUAUUCAGGCAGCCAAUUCCUCAACAAUUGCUACCUACGGUACCCGAUCAUUAACCAUCAACCUCGGUCUUCGACUUAUUGACGCAGUAACCCACCUUCGUGUUAACGGUAUUGCUUUGCCAAUAGCCGAAUUCCAGCUCUUAGUCCUGUCUAUGCUCCUUUACUUACAACUCUUUUCACGAAGCUCCUCGGCGAGUAUCCGCACAUUAUCCGACCAACAACCAAGAAAACUGCUGUUAAACACAACAUUGCCCACCACAUCGUUACGCGAGGACCACCUUGCUCUUCUCGACCCCGGCGCCUUCCACCAGAACGACUCAAGAUCGCUAAAAAUGAGUUUCAACAUAUGUUGGACAAGGGAAUUAUCCGCCCCUCCAGUAGUUAUUGGGCUUCUCCACUUCACAUGGUUCCCAAAUCUCAACCCGAGGACUGGCGUCCAUGCGGGGACUACCGUGGUCCAAGAAGGCGCGAGAGGUUGGUCGGUGAUUAA